AUGGGUAACCGAACCUGUAGUAAUGAAAUUAUUGCAUACAGUUCCAACACUUCCAACAACCAUAGUCUGGACGCUGCCUGCCUCCACUACGGCUACUGGGGCGAUCCCCUAGCUGCAAUCGAGAUAACCACCAUGGUGGCGGUGAUUGUUUGUAAUGUUGCCGGCCUCGCCAGCCUCGUUCGUACCACCGCAGUCAGUGAUUCAUUCAAACCGUACAUCGCGAACCUCCUACUAGCCAACCUGGCCAUGGCCGUCCUGGAGAAUCCCCUGGAUAUCCUCUUCGAGUUAUCGUGCGAUCGAUGGACGCUGUCAUGGGCAGUUUGCGAUUUAUUCCUGUACUGCAACUACGUUUUUACCGGCUGGGAGAUGCAUGCCCACCUUCUCAUUACCCUCAACCGCUUCUGGGCGCUGAUCUUCCCUUACCAUUACCGCCAGCGGCACACCAUCACCACCAGCUUGUGCCUCACGUUUGGCACAUUCAUUUACGUUCAUCUAUGGACUGUACCUGGUCUAGUCCUGGAUUCCCUUUUCUACCGAAUAAUGGAGGAAGAGUGCGAGGUCAACGGCAUUGCGCAACGGUUAUGGGUGCUGGCGGUGCAUAUCUUCCUGUUUCUGGCUCCGAUUGUCUUUGUGGCGGGAUCCUACGUGUACCUUGUGGUUAGACAGAGGAUGCGUCAGAGUACUCGUCCCGCUGGACCGGGUUUGGAGGCAUACCCUCGGCCGACAGAGGAUGGCAUAAGCGAGCCUCCUGCAGCGCACAAGAAGGCGCGUCGACAAAACAAUCGGGCUUUCGUCAUCCUGACGCUGCUGACCUGUAGUGUGGUAGUCACCUGGACGCCCUACCAGGUCUGCCAGUUGCUACAGGUCUUGGGCGUGACGGUAAACGAUGACAUGGUAGGCGCCCUGGAUGUUUUGUGGAUUACCCAGUCUAUCUUGGAUCCGCUAUUGUCGACCAGCAUUAUCUAUGACAUACGAAAUGUUUUAAAAAAGUAG